AUGUCCCAGUCUUCUGAGUACUCGCACGACGCUACCGUCAAAGCCAUCACAUCCUUUUAUGAAUUCAUGAAACGCAUGCAUGCAGAAGAGGCGGCGCUCCUGGAAUACCCACCUCCAACCGGCUGGCCGCAAAUCACGCACGAAUAUUUCGCUAGCCUGGGUAAGACGAAGGAGGUCAUUGAACUUUUGAGGAGCAUUCCAUAUUUCGUUUCCGGCCCGUAUGGUAUUCCAUGCAUCCUGAAGUCAACUAGGCCAAUUGAGUAUAUCGACUGGCAGUACUCUGAGGAAAUCAAGAGAUGGCCUGCCAUCGAGCCCCCCGAGCUAGACAACAAAGAGGGUAGACUUCCGGGUUACAUCAUAGACCUUGCAUCAGCCCAAGAGGAGCAGGUUGGAUGGACCCUCCUACUCGACACCAAGCGCGGAGUUGUAAUACUGUGGAAGAACGACGGUGAUCUUCCCCGUUGGGCCUGGUGUUCGGAUGCGAAUCCGUACGAUGUGGAAGUUGACCCAUACGGGCCUGAGGGAUGGAAAUGUAUGCCGACCUAUCGCAUCGAAACCUUCUUCGAAUUCUGCAAGGAGCAGUAUCGAAUCAUGAACUGGACGCCAGAUCUUCUUCGGGGCGACGUAUGUCAGCCGAACGACGUUGACAACCCCUGCGAGGGCGACUUGAGGAGGAGACAGAUAAUGAGAGAUGCUGGGUGGCCAGGCACCGAUGGAGAAGGUACUGGAUGGGACAGAGAGAAAGCAGAGAAGGACCUCGAAGAAUACGAGGAAGAGAUAAGGUCAUUGCGAAGACAGACCUCGACAUAA